AUGACUGGUGGUACCUUCAAAUUCACGUGGGGCCAUCCCGCCGAAGAGGUCUAUGUCACCGGCACCUUCGACAACUGGACCAAGUCGGAGAGGCUCAGCAAGGUCGGCGACUCCUUCGAGAAGAACGUUACUCUCCCCGACGCUUCCAAGAAGAUCUACUACAAGUUCGUCGUCGACAACAACUGGAUCACCGACCACACGGCCCCGCAAGAGCCUGAUCACGAGGGAAACGUAAACAACUUCCUGACGCCCGAGCAGAUUGUGAAGGAGAACCCCAUCGCCGCCAUCAUGAACACCACCACUCCCGAGUCUACCACGGCCGCCCUGGCCAAGGAUGUGCCUCUCGAGAACUCCAAGGCGAGCGAGGAGGAACCCAAGGCCACCCCCGUCCAUGCCAUUGGCGGCUUCCCCCAGACGCCCGUCGACGAGCUCGACAAGACCAUCAGCGUCAACCCUCUGCCUGCGAGCGAUGUGACCAAGCCCCAGCCCAACAUUGCGCCCGGCGAGCCUCUCCCCCCUUCCACCCACGCUGGUGAUAUUCACUCCCAGGUCACUCUCGACAAGGAGUCGUACGAGAAGAGCGACCGCCUGCCCGGCUUGACCGAGGCAAACUCUACCCUGCCCAGCACCACCGGCGCCGACAUUCCCGAGUCCAGCCUGCCCAUGCCCGCUGCUGCCAUUGCUGCCGGCAUUGACACGACCACCAUCAACACGGUGACUCCCGAGGCCAGCACCGCCGCUCUCGCUGCCAACGUGCCCAAGACUGUCAACGCCGCUGCGCUCGACGCCAAGGUUCCCGAGGCUGUCGUUGAGAGCCAGAAGGCCGCCGGUGUUGACCCCGAGGCCAGCGCUGACCCCAAGGAGGUCAUCGACAAGGCUACUGUCGAGGAUGAGCUGAAGGAGAAGGUCCCCGAGGCCCCCUCAACGUCUGAGGGCACCGCCGGCUUCGGCACCCAGAAGUCUGAGAACGCCGGCAUCGCCGCUACUGCCAUCACUGCUGGCGGCAUCGCGCUCGCCGCUGCCGUUGCUGCGAAGGACGCCAUCAUUGGCAAGGCCGAGCCCGCCACCACUUCGGCCUCUGAGACGGCCACCGACGCCGCCAACCAGGCCUCCGCCGCCGCCGCCGGUGCUGCCGCCAACCUCCCCGAGGGUGUCAAGGAGAAGCUUCCCGAGUCGGUGCAGGAGACGAUCAAGAGCCAGGCCCAGGAGGAUGUCCGCCAGGAGGUCGCCCCCACUGUCCCCAGCGAGGUCAAGGAGUCCAUCAUCGAGGCCGGCAAGGCCCCCGAGGCUGCCGCCAGCACCUCUGCCGUUCAGGACAAGGCUGCCGUCGAGUCCGAGCUGCUGCAGGAGGUCAAGGCCGUUCCCGCCAUCGGCGAGGCCAAGUCGAAGACGGAGGAGGUCAAGACUGAUUCUGCCGUCGGUGCCGCCCCUGUUCUGGUCACCGAGGAGGUCAAGCAAGACGCUGCUGCUGCCGUUGCCGCACCGGCCGCCAUCACCCCAUCUGCUCCCAAGGUUGACGAUGUCCCCGCCGCCAGCAACCCCGCUCUGCACACCGCCGCGACCCCCGUCGUGACCGAUGGUCCGUCUACCACGUCGACUGCCGUCAAGUCCGAACCUGAGUCUGUUGCGCCCGCUACCGAGGCCAAGACUGAGACGGCCGCUGUGGAGGACAAGGCCGAGGAGACCAAGCCUGUCCCGACGAAGGAGGGCGAGAUUCUUCCCAACGGCGCCAAUGCCGCUGCGCCGGCCGAGCCCGUGAAGCAGACGACACAGGAGUCUCCCGCCACGCCCGCCAAGGCUGAGGCAUCUGGCUCGACUACGACGCCCAGCACCAGCAGCCAGAAGGGCACUGAGCAGAAGAAGAAGAACCGCCUCAGCGCCUUCAUCGGCAAGCUCAAGAGCAAGGUGCACUCGAAGGAUUAG